UUCAAGUGUAACAAUACGGAUUUAAGUCUUCGUCUAAAUAAGGUUGCAGCAACAUAUUUUUAUUUGUAUGCUUAGAGUAGGAAAUUAAAUCAAAUUUCACCCGCAGUUACAAUCUAACUAUUUUAACCUUUCAUCAGUCAUAAUACAAAUUCAGUUCUUUAAAACCUAAAAUCCCAAAAAAAAUCUGACAAAUAAGAGCUCCACCAACGAUGGCCAGCCAGUCCACCCAAGGACCGGGUGACGUUCGUCAGGUCGACAUCAUUGUCACCGAUCUAAGGGACUCCGUUUACCAGGGGAGGCAGGACAGGACACAGAUCGAUAUCGAAUUGAGUGGCGUACACAUCAAAAAUGCUGAUCUUGCCGUAUCCUUGGCAAAUAUUAGAAGAUCGCUCGGGUCAAAACUAUCCGCGCGGGGGUCGAACCCCUUCAAAAUCUGCAACACGGAUAAGCAACCGAUUGAGUCCAUGAAAGUUCAAGGACUCCUCAGUCUACGAAAUCUGAUCCUUUUGGAUGAGGGUCAAACUACUUUUCCAAUCGUGUACAAGCAGAGCUGCAGUAUUGUUCCACACAUCAAAGUGGUUACGAGUCAAGAAGGAAAGUUUUACGGAUUGGAAGAACACAACAGGGCUGCCUUCGCUCUUGCCGAACUGGUGGACAAUUCCCUCUCCGCCACUGCUAACAACAGCGGGCGAAGGAUCAUAGAAAUCCUGUUUUAUGAAAAUGGGCCAAAUUCCUCCGUAGUCGUUCUGGAUAAUGGAUGCGGUAUGAGCUCUGACGAACUUCGUACAAGCUUGAAACAUAAGGCUCCAAAAGAAACACGAUUGGUAGACGAGUCCCCUCUGGGCUCCCAACAAGACACCACUGACCCUAACGAAGCUACCUACCCCAUGUAUUUAACUUCCAAGCUCAAUAAAUUCGGCGCCGGCAUGAAAAAUGCAAUUUUCUCUCUUGGCGGUGAUACCACCAUUAUGACGAAGAGAGCGGAAAGUGAGAGUGUUUGUGAAGUUUCAUUCUCCAAAAGUAUUUUGGAACAGAAAGAAUCGCAGAAUCAAGAUCCGUGGAAGGCGGAUAUCUUGACCGGCAAAGUGGCAAAAUUAAGAAGCAACACAACCUCUGGAAUAAUUAAGCAAAUCGUUAAGAAGGAGGCACGUAAAUCCAGCUUUACACAUAUUGUCAUCCAAAAUCUAAUGCGAGAUGGAGAGGAGUCCUUCCUUCAUUUUUUACAACGGAUCAAACCCAGUGAUACUAGCGGAACCAAUCACCCAACAACUAUUGAGGAACAACUAGCUCAUAUUUAUCACUACUACGUCCACGGACCCGCAGGAAAUGCUGAACCCGAAGAGGAAAUCCCGUCAAAAUCGAUGAUUGACAUUAUUGUCUCCCGAUUCAACGGGAAAGGAACCAAAACGUCGUCAACCAACCUUCGCGACGUUUGCUCGGAUUUGGAAUCGCGUUUCGUUCGCACGGCGUCGACAGACACCUCCCCUUACCGCUUUACAAUUCAGUCUCCCCGGGCGCACAAAGUGACAGGAAUUAUCCGCUACCACCCCUUCGAGUACGACCAUGAAACCCUCCCCUCGAUCCACAAUAGGGUAGCUGAUACUAGUCGAGAGGAUAUUUCGGGACAAAAAUUGUUCAGCCUCUGGUGGAAUGGACGGCUCAUUCCGCAAACAUUUUUGCCUGCUGCAAACUGGUGCAGUCCCGCAGACGGGAUGAAGCACAGUGACAAACUUUACAAAUCAUACGGACGAAUAUCUGGCUCCCUCUUCCUUCACGGGGAUAACUGCGAAAUAAACGAUAAUAAACUCAACCUAGUAACAACAUCUGGGUUGAAGGACUUACUUACUGAGAGCAAAAGUAUUUCAAGUCGUGAUAUUAUAUUCCAGGAGAUAUCUGUAGAAAUCGAACCUCCUAAUCACUUUCGCGCCAAACGUAUUUCCAGCGGAAUCAAAACAAGUUUCGAAAAAUGGCUCACAAAAAGCCGAGAGUGUGACAGGGAGGUCAAAUACUCGACCUUAAUAAAUGAUCAAAAGAUCACUCUUCCCGACACCGGACCCGAAUUAUACUACCAAUAUAAAGUUGCCGAGUGGGAAGGGGUUCGACUAACUGCAGGAAACACAGUAAAAAUGAGUAAGCCUAACUCAAGCUCCAUAAAUAGCUUCGGAAAGAUAAAAUCAUUCUAUGUCCACUAUCGGAGUUGCCACUGGUUUGAAAAAGAUGACGAUUAUAAGGAUGAACCACAACCUUCCGUAUUUGCUCCCAUAUCUUAUUUUGGAAUCGAACGUCUUCCUGCCGCCUUUUAUGUACAUGAGGGACAGUCACCAAUUGAAGUCGAAUCAAUGGCAUUAAUCGACAAAAGUGUGGCCCCUUCGGUUGCCGCACAGCAAAUUGAGGCCAAAAGCAAUGAACUACAACUCGAUUUAAAAAUUGUUGAUUUCGUACACAAAUUAGAAGAUAACUUUGAGAUCUCGGCAAAUGAUCACAUCUUCGACCCUGUUCGUUUCGACGUUGUCAAAAAAAGCGAUGGCACCUCGGUCAAGGGUUUCUUCCCUUUUCAUAAGCCAAAGGGGAAAAGAAUCAUCCUCAUUUCAAUGAUCCAUAAACUAGAUGCUCAGCGCAAACGCCACCUAGUUUACGAGGGAAAAGAAGUUUGCCAAUACAUGGGAAAAUUAAAGCCCAGCGGAUACCACUUCAAAGAGCUGGAUACCAAGCAUGGGAAAUGUGACCAAAUUGGGAAAUAUAUUCUAAGCUUUCGUUCUUACAUUGUAAUUUCCACCGGAUCUUCGCCUAAACAUGGGACAACAUCAACAGGAGGCCUACAGAGAGCAGCCACGCCUAGGUUGCCAGCAGCUGAUUCUCCCUACGAGAUCGAAUGGGACCAGCCAGUAGAUUCUAGGGGCAGAAAGAUACUCAACGUUGACGGUGCGCAAAUACGGAUGCCGUACUUAGAGUUCAAUUUUUCCGUUGUUGCCGGGCCUCCAGCCGAGUUCAAGAUGGACGAGCUUAGUACCCAACAUCUUACUAUCGGGGUGAGAUUCAAAAUUAGUUUUACCUGUACGGAUGCCAGCGGAAAUUCCGUUACUGGAGAAAGCCUGGAGGUUGCAGCUGCCUUGUUGGUUGAGCCGAAGAUCACUUUCUUGAUCAAGAACCACGUUGAUUCUCAACUUUCUUUCACAUUUGGGGAGUUGUGUGUCGACGGUGAUAAAUUAGUUAUUAACGACGUAGUCACGAUGGGACACCUGAAUAACAAGGAAUGUAAGUAUGGCAAACUUCAAGUUGAAUUUACAAUGAACUCAGACAACGCGAAAUCCUGCUCACGUAAAGUUAGUGUCUAUCCUGGGAUCCCUGUCCGAAUUGAGUCCCUCCAACAAUCUGUGCAAGUGGAGAACGGAUCCAAGCCAAGUUUAAUCUGUCGUGUAGUAGAUUGUGGGGGUAAUGUUGUCUAUGUCGACAAGGAUAAACCAAUCUUGCUGGACUGUGUCAUUUCUAAAAUUAAUGGAGAACCUGUUCUAAAGAGUAAAUUCCUGGCGACACAAGAUCACCCUCAGAAAUUGGAGGGCGGAAUUUGUUUGCCGGAACUAAGAAAUUCUUCCGCCGGAUCUCAGAUUGCAUUAAACUGUCAAAUUAUGUACAGUACUUUAGACCCCGUCACUGUAACACUUCAAAUGAUACCCAGCACUGGCCCACAAGUUAUUCGCAUUUACUUAACAAGGAAACAUAAUUCUGUUGAAGAACAGACAAUGGAAAUAUAUGACGAAUCUUCACAGGAGGUAAACAUUGGGGAGGAAUUAACAUUCAGUUACAAAAUACUAGAUGGAACUGGAAAAGAAAUUAAAUUCAAUCCUACCCUCUACAAAAUUAAAGCUAGUUGGGCGAAGAAUCUAGUGACUGAUGAACACAUGCUGAAGUACAAGGUCCCCAACCAACUGAUUCACGGGAAAGAAUUUGUAACCAAAUUAUCACUUCUUGGCGACAAAUAUGGAGAAAUAAUAAGCCAUUCUUUUAGCUUAACAUCCCUGCCUGGGGAGCCUGCCAGCCUGCGUGUAAGGGUUGUCGGAGCUAGGCCACGUGAAGUUAUCAACGUCCCCAUGGGAAAUAAACUACCAGACUUAAUUGGUAAUAUCACAGAUGGCAAUGGUAAUAUGAUCAGCGUACUAGAUAAGGAUCAACUAGAACGCGAUUUGGACAUUUCGGUAAACGAAUUAAAAGUUAUCCCGGAAAUUGUGUGCUUAAACAAUACGGAAGGCUCUUUCGUAAUAAGAAAUGCGGAUAUUCAGCCAAAUCAAAACGCUCCACGAAAGCUUGGAAAUAUCGACUUGACUGUUAUUUAUAAAGAAGAAUUUUCUUCUACUAUUCAACUAAACAUCGUUCCUGGACCACCCGUGGGACUAGUUUUCAUUCUGAAUGGGCAACAGCAAGAUCAGAGGGGAAUAUUCAGCACCCCAAAUGGAUCACAAAUUACUACAUGUGCUCGACUGGUUGACAGGUUUGGGAAUUUCACCAGAACCGAAACUCCUAUCACAGUAAAACUAAACUGCUUACCAACGACGGAUUGGGUUGACCAGGGGCGAACACCUAAUACCUUCAUAAUAUCAGAGGAUAACGACGGCAGAGCAGAUUUCCACACAAUUACAGCUCAGGUAAAACCAGGCAUUAAGCCAAAAUUGGAUGGUAGCUGUAAGCUGAAGGAUUGCACCGGAAACUGUUACGGGGGACCCUUAAGCCUUAAGGUUGAAGCUGAUUUUGAUGGUAAGCAGAUAUCAGACAUUUGCAAGCUACACCUCACAUGUCGCUCGGACAUACCGAGUAAGUUAAUCCCAGAAGACGCUGGAAGUCAGGGAUCUUUUACGUAUCAAAGCGGUUCAAAUUUCGAUCACUUAACGGUACCUUUGCAAUCAGAAGAUGGCAGUAUGUACAAGCAAGCGGAAAUAAAUGCGCUAACCCUAAGCCUUACUCCGCUCGGCGAAAACAAUCCAGCACCUCAUGAAAUCAUCGACAUACAAGCUGACAAAGUGCGUGAAGGCAUCUACACUUUUGGGCAGGUUCCAACCAAGGCUGGGGUUUAUACCACAAAUUUGAUUUACCGUUUCGGAAGUACACAAAUUACGGAAAUAUUUAAACCAUUGCACGUUACCCCUGGGCCGUGCCAUGCGCUUCUGCCACAUCCCAUGCCGACGAACUUAUCGGCAUCAAACCAUCCAGAAAAUUGUGAAAAUAGAGUAAUCUGUUAUAACCUAAAACUCGUAGUACGCGACCAGUAUAGCAAUCCUAUUUGGACAGAUGAAGAUAACCAUACAGUUGAAGGUUACGUUAGGAUGGAGUUCAGGGGAGCGUUACAACUAGAACAUCUUGAAAACCAUGUAAAUCUUGCAUCCGGCUUACCAAUAAAAAAUGGGUGCGUACUUAUUCAAAAAUUAUCACUUCUUCCAAACCUCGCCCUACCCAACGGCUCUCAGCAAACAAUACACUUCAUUGCACGAAUGAUAGACGAGUCAGAAUUUGUCUUCCCCUUGGAGUUUACAUUCUAUAACAGUGCUCAGGAACUGCAAGCUUGCCGAAAAUUGGCGAACGACAUUUCUGCUUUGGACAAGCUGAUAGGCAGUAAUGAGGGACGUGUUCAAGAUUUGUGUAGACAGAUAAAUGCAAUUGACCAAAAAAUUAAGCCACUAAGAGACGCAAAACGAACCUGGGUUGAUCAGUUAAAGCUCCACGCUCCGACCAGGUAUGUGGCAGCAUUGACAACAUCCAAAGACAUAAUUCACCUUGUAGCCAAUGAUGCACGGAAGGAGAAGGAUCUUGAAAGUAAACGAAAAAAGUGCAACGUCCCAGCAGGUCCUGCAGAUGGUCAACCAGGAGUUUUAGGAACGAUUGGGUUAUUAGCGGAAAUAAAGCCCCAAACGCAGGAUGAGUACACCCCCGAGGAUGCAAACAUACAACGGGUUCUCUCCUGGCAUUUACAAAAUAAAUUGACGGUCACCGUGACCGAAACUGCGGCCAAAGGUCACGAACUUGAGGAACGCUAUAAGGACGAUCCAUUUAUGUUGUUAGAUAUAAUCAAGGAUCAUCCACCCUGGGACAAUAACCUUCAUGGAGAAGGAAAUCCAAUAUAUGCACAUAGGUUGCUUCAAUUUACAAACCCAUCGCCCAAGGCCCAAGAAUUGACUAAAAAAGUGUUUAACAAGGUCCUCGGCGACACUAUAAUAAUAGAUAAUAUCGAAAGUGCGACGAAGUAUAUGGGGUUACGUAACGCCUCAGGAGCGCCUGCGUGUCCCACUAUACUCACCAGGGAUGGGCGGCGGCUUUAUGGAGACGGAAUAAUUGGGGGUAAGUCGACCCGGGCACCUCCCCAAAAUCGCUAUAUGUUCGGAUUAGCCCCGACCAGUGAGCUUGUUCAGAUUCGAGAACGGUUGAAAAUCCUGCCUUCAUUGAAGAAGGCGAUGGAGGGCCUGGAGAAUGCCGAAAGGGUGGACGGACCAGAGAAUGCGGCUCUGAGGGAGGAUGUGGACAAACUGCGAACUGAGAUUAAUAAGCUUGAAAUGCAACGAGCAGAAUUGAAAAAGAAGUUGAACCAUCUGACGGAUCAAAGUUCUAAAGGGUUACCAACACAACAAGGGCCGACCCCUGCUUCGUCACCGGUGACGAGAUCAAGCCCAAAGAACUCCAGUGCGAGGAAUGGACAACCCAAGGCAAAACGAGGGAGGUACAAGUAAUUGGUAAUUACUUGUACAUCACUCAUAUAUGUAGGAGCAUUCUUUACGACGGUGGGAAUUAAGAAAAUGUUAGACAUUUUGAUGGAAGACGUGUUUCGCUCCUUUAAAUUAUUUAGGGAUAAUUAAAUAUAUCUUGAAAAAGCAACAAAGAAAAAGGUAAAAUGGUUAACUUUUACAAUUAUUUUCGUUCCAUACUAUCCACAAAUAAGAACACCGGAUUGAAUAUUGAGUAAUUUUAAGUAGGGUCAGAGCGUAUUAGUGUGGACACUUUUUUGAAGAUUAAAAUUACUAAAUUCAAUAAAAACAGUUUUGUAUUAAAAAUAAUUAUUUUGAAAUUUUUUUAUGAUGAAGUAACUAGUUGACAUUAUUUUAGGAGAACAAAAUUUUGGAAAAUAUUAUUGGAAAUAAUAGAUAUUAAUUUUUGAAAAUAUAAAAAUAGGUGUCCACACUAACCUCACCAUGUUGGCUUAGUGUGGACACUCUAACUUGUUAACAUGGGGAUUCCACUGUCCACACUAACCCCUUUUCAAAAAAUGCUUUUUAAAUUAAAAAAU